GCAGGCUGGAGCGGCAGACUGGCGCUGCGUCUGGAACACUGAGCACUGGUCAGGCUCUGUGGAGGAAGCUGCUUCUGUGGAUUUGACCGGAGAAGCCGAGUUUAUCUUUUAAAUCCGGGGGCUUUUCCUUUCUGUGGUAGCACUGCGCUAGACGUAGAGCCGGAGGAAAGGAACACUUGAAUUAAAUCAACUGGAGGAAUUUUUACCUCGCCAACAAAGAACGUUCAAGGAAGUAGCUGCUGGCUGUAAGUUGGUGAAGCAGACAGAAAGUACUGGAUCUAUUUUCCACCAUGGCUCACCACAGACUCCUCCGUGCGGGUUUGACUUUAUUGUUUUUUAUUCUGUUCGUGAAUGUGGGGAUUUUUCGAGUGAAUGGACAAUACGGCGGGGACCGAGGAAUGUCUAUACCGGAGCACGGGUUCUGCCAGCCGAUCUCCAUUCCGCUGUGUACGGACAUCGCGUACAACGAGACCAUCAUGCCCAACCUGCUCGGGCACACCAACCAGGAGGACGCGGGUCUGGAGGUGCACCAGUUCUACCCGCUGGUUAAGGUCCAGUGCUCUCCGGAUUUAAAGUUCUUCCUCUGCUCCAUGUACGCGCCCGUGUGCACGGUGCUGGAGCAGGCGCUGCCCCCGUGCCGCUCUCUGUGCGAGCGCGCGCGGCAGGGCUGCGAGGCGCUCAUGAACAAGUUUGGCUUCCAGUGGCCCGACAGUCUCGCGUGCGAGACCUUCCCGGUGCACGGAGCAGGAGAGCUGUGCGUCGGGCAGAACAUGUCCGACCGCACGGAGGGAGACAGCCCCGGCCCCGAGGUGUUCCCGACCCCGCGCCCGAUUCCUGAACACCCAAUGCCCGGGCAGUUUAGAUGCCCGGCCUCGCUGCGGGUGCCCCCCUACCUGAACUACCGCUUCCUCGGGCAGGAGAACUGUGGCGCUCCCUGUGAGCCCAAGAGGUCUCACGGGAUGAUGUACUUCAACGAGGAGGAGCUGAAAUUUGCCAGGAUCUGGAUUGGGAUCUGGUCCGUGUUGUGCUGCGCCUCCACUUUGUUCACUGUGCUGACCUACCUGGUGGACAUGAAGCGCUUCAGCUACCCGGAGCGGCCCAUUGUCUUCCUGUCCGGCUGCUACACCAUGGUGUCCAUCGCCUACAUCGCUGGGUUUCUACUGGAGGACAAGGUUGUUUGUAAUGACAGGUUCGACAACGACAUAAGGACUGUGGUGCAGGGCACAAAGAAGGAGGGCUGCACCAUCCUCUUCAUGAUGCUCUACUUCUUCAGCAUGGCCAGCUCCAUCUGGUGGGUCAUUCUGGCUCUUACCUGGUUCCUGGCAGCUGGGAUGAAAUGGGGCCAUGAGGCCAUCGAGGCUAACUCCCAGUACUUCCACCUGGCGGCCUGGGCCGUCCCCGCCAUCAAGACCAUCACCAUCCUGGCUGUGGGGCAGGUGGAUGGAGACGUGCUGAGCGGGGUUUGCUUCGUGGGCAUCAACAGUGUGGACGCCCUGCGAGGCUUCGUCCUGGCCCCGCUGUUCGUCUACCUAUUCAUCGGAACCUCCUUCCUGUUGGCGGGCUUCGUCUCACUGUUUCGUAUCCGGACCAUCAUGAAGCACGACGGCACCAAGACGGAGAAGCUGGAGAAGCUGAUGGUGCGGAUAGGGAUCUUCAGCGUGCUGUACACGGUGCCGGCCACCAUCGUCAUCGCCUGUUACUUCUACGAGCAGGCCUUCAGGGAGCAGUGGGAGAGGACGUGGGUCAGCCAGACGUGCAAGACCUACGCUGUGCCGUGUCCUGUCCAGAACCACCCCAACAUGAGUCCAGACUUCACUGUCUUCAUGAUAAAGUAUCUAAUGACACUCAUUGUGGGCAUCACCUCUGGCUUCUGGAUCUGGUCUGGGAAAACCCUGAACUCCUGGAGGAGGUUUUACACGAGACUGGCCAACAGUAAACAGGGGGAGACCACGGUGUGAGGGGGACCCACACAGACUGCUGAGUGACAGACUGAAUGAUAACCCGUCCUUCCUGUUGACUUUUUUCUUGGACUUAAAGACAUUUUUUUUUUUUUUUAUGUACAUAUACAUUUGUGAGAUUUUUGUAAGUAUAUAUUUGUAUUUAAAGAUUUUUAAAUGUUUUUUUUAAACUCCUUUUUCCUACUUCGGACAUAAUGGAAUUGUACUUUAUAAUCACAAAGAGCCAGCUGACCUUCAAUCAUCCGGGGGUCCCAUGACCCGACUUACUGUGGACACCAGUGGAGUAUUCACAUUGUGUGUGUGUGUGUGUGUGUGUGUGUGUGUGUGUGUGUGUGUGUGUGUGUGUGUGUGUGUGUGUGUGUGUGUGUGUGUGUGUGUGUGUGUGUGUGUGUGUGUGUGUCGUGCGUGCGUGCGUGCGUGUGUGUCUUUGAUCAGUGAGCUGCCUGCAAGCGCUGGCUCUAUUCUGAGCGGAGUCCCGUGAAACCCAAGUGCUUCCUCGUGGCUCCUCUCAUCCUGAUUACCCAGCUGUGGUGUGUGUGUGUGUGUGUGUGUGUGUGUGUACGCGUGUGUGCGUGCGCGUGCGUGUGUACAGUGGGGCAGCAGUUGUCUGGGUCUGAAGGGGAAUGUCAGCAAACGGUGCGCAAGUUGUGAAUGUGAGCCAUUGUGACAGAUGCUUGUGGUCUGAGCACCGAUCAUUCCGUUCCAAAUAAAGCACACACAAUUACACCAGGUUAACACAACAUGCCAGUGUUUCUGCAUGUUUUCGAUCUGGAGAUGAUGUGUUUACCAUAACCUCAGACCAAACUGCAUUGUGUUCAUCCUGUUUUACUACCUUUCUUUUAGCUACAAUUCAUUAGUCAUCACAAGUCGUUUUAAAACGGCUGGAGUGGGUUAUUCCUGCACAGUGUCCACCAUCACUGCUCGUGUUAGUGCUGCAUAUUCCGAUGUAUGUAAAGAUACCCUGCACUAUAAUGCUACAACUUCACAACCCAACUGAAAGCUGAAAAGAUGUUUGAAGACCCUGGUAAUCAUGAACGUUUUUAGUAUGGUGUGACAUGGCCAGUUGAUACAUGGUUACAAGAGUAUGUUAAGACAAGGGUCAAAACAUGCAAACAUACUGGGGUGUGUUUCUUCCAAAAACUGAUUUUAAACAGCAUUCAUAUGGGCUGAAUUGCUGUUUACUGAACUUUAAAAUAAAUCUGCCUGUAAUGGACACUACAAGAGGUUAAAACACAGACCCUCACAGCAGACCUUGUGUGUGUUGAAGCAUAUUUUAUAUUUUAUAUAUGUAUAUGCAUACAGUGCUGUGUAAAAUCCUUGGACACCCUUUGGACAUUACCGCUUAUUUUAGUCACCUUUGACAUGUUUGUUAUGGUCAGUAAGACCAUAUAAUAAUACAUUUGAUUCAUUGUUUAGCCAUCAUUCAUUUAAAUAAAAGCCUGUGAAGGUAGAGGCCCCUUAGAGUAGAGCAGUUAUCGAUACGAUUGUUGAGGAUUUAAUUGAUAAUGAGUUAAUAAUUUCAGUACAUUUGCAUUUUCUAUUUUCUGACAUAAAUAUCUGUUUAUUGAGCAAUUCAUCUGCAUAUUGAUUAAUAAUGAUUGUUAGUGUAAUCACAAUUAACUGUGACAUGUAUAAGCUGUCACUGCAGCUUUCAAACAUCUUUUUUUGCCUUCCAAAAACUAGUUUCACAAUGUUUACAAAGUUGAGGGUGUAGCAUGGAUUCAGCUGAUGUAAAAUGAGCAUAUUACAGAAAAUGAGACCUAGACUCAGCUUAGGGGUAAAGUUACUUCAGGUUUAAAGUUCUGAUAGCUUUCUUUAUCUGAGGGUAUGUUAAUGUUUUAUGUUGAGUUCAGGGGAAGACUCUGAACAGUUAAUGCACCUGCAAUGGAUAAAAGAUUGUAUUCAUAUAUUUAAAACUGAGUAAUUCUUUGUAACUUUAUUUGAGUCAGCAUCAUGGUUCAAAGGGUGUCCAAACUUCACCAUGGCACUGUAAACAUGGUUCAAUCAGCUGAUGGGGGGGGUUGUUUUCAUGCACAUAUCAGAAAUGUUUGUAACAAAGCAUAUUUUUUGGGUUCGUCUGUACCGGCACAUGUUUUUCUGAACCCAGAGGUUAAAUGUGUCUGUGAUUGUAGAGUCUGGGGUUGAUGUGCAGAGUAAUUUGAUCCCACUGAACAUCUCUGCUGUCUGCAUCGUGGGGCGAAGAGCAGCCUGCAGAGAAAGGAAGCCUUGUGUUGAUGCAGCACACACACACACACACACACACACACACACACACACACACACACACACACACACACACACACAUCACCACUUGUGUUCUUGUCAAACGCUCUUCCACACCGUGCUUCCGGUUCAUGGUAAUCCUUUUAUUGUGUUGACAGCUCUACAAUAGUCACAGCUUUGAAGUAAUUUCCUUUUGCAUUUGCUAUGAAGAGAACCUUUUAUAUUUAUAGAAAAAAAAUCUUAUAUAUACACUACAUUGAUUGCUUUAUGAGAAUAAAAACAAUCUCACCAUUGCAAAUGUG